AUGGCAGUCUCGGUUCUAACACCACUUUAUUCGAAGCCAGACAUGUGGAAUCUGAAUGAUUCUCCAAAUACAUUCACUUCUGCCGGAACUGAAGCCAUACGAACUUCUAUGGCAUAUCAAUAUCCCUCGGCAACACCUGGUUUGGAAUCUUCGAAUAUGAUCCCGAGUUUUCACCACCCUCCUUCAGACCACGCACAACCAGAUUCACCAGAUUCAACAGGCAUCCGAAACACAGGAACUUCAGCGACAUCAAAAUCAUCAAAGAUAAAAAGAUCAAUGUCCACCCCAAAUGUACGCGGGCAGGCGACGGCGGAGGCAGCCGCACUUGCAUUGUCCGCAGAUAAAAGGAGAAACAAAUUGGGCUACCACAGAACCUCUGUCGCGUGUGGCCACUGUCGGAGACGGAAAAUUAGAUGCAUUCCCGCUCCAGCUGAUGCCCAAAACCGCUGUUCGAAUUGUAUUAGGUUGAAAAAGGAAUGCAACUUCUACCCCGUUGACCAGCAGCCAGAUCCUAGACGUCCCGAUUCUCAAGCGCAGAGCGGUACUGGAAGAAUCUCCGAAACAUCGUCGCCUUCGACAUCUUCUGGUCAACUACCAGAAAUUUCCUCUUCUCUGCCGUACCCCCCUUUGAACAUGCCACCUAUUCAAGACCUCGGAGGGCCCCAGAUGAAGCGCCAGAGGACAGAAAGCUUUUCUCCAGAGAACAAAGGUCAGAGAUCUCUUGAUCCUCGAAACAACAGAUUUCCUGAAAAGGUUGCAGUUGUCACAUCAUCCCGCAAUUUCGACUACAACCAAGGUACCACCAACUGGAUGGCUCCUGAUGCUUCACCAAAUACCAAACACCAGACUGAGAUGCCCCAAUCUUACUGGCGGCCAAAUCCGCAGGAUUCACCUCUCACUCCCGCGUUCUCCCCAUUCACACCUAGCUUGCAGAUACCACCACAAAACUGGCCAAACCCUCAUCCAGAGCAUAGCCCACGAGACGAUUCAAACUGGUCUGCACCACAGCGUUCCAUCUCUUACGGCAAUCUGGAGGGCUUACAAAAUCACCAACCAUAUGCGCCUUACACAAACACACCCGCAACUCCCGCCACAGAUCAUUACACCACGAAACCCCGUGGGCAACAUUCUGGGAUGUACCCACCUCCAGUUUUGACUCCAACGAGUGCCAUCACAGCCCCGACGUCCUCGUCAGGAUACGAGGCAGUUCAUCAUCCUCACUCUGCAGGCCCGUUGCCAUCCGCUCCAUUCCAAACAUGGCAACAACCUUACACGUAUCAGAAGCCUGCUGGGUCUGGUGCUGAAGGAUAUGGUGCUUAUGCUCCUCAGGAAGCACUUCCUCGUCCGCCUGGGUAUGCGGGACAGGCGCAUCCAUCUCAGCACCAAGCGUAUGGGUAUCCCUCUCCAACGGCUGGAAUGUACUACCCGGGACAACCACCAGGCCGAUGA